AUGCCUUCCAUGAAAAAACUUUUAUCUGUCGCUUUGGCACUCGCCGCGGCUGCCAGCGCCUCUACUAUCACCGGCGGGAUUUCAAACGAUAACAGCAAGUGCCCCAACAACUGGGUCGACGUUCAGAGCGAUAAUGAUGAGAGGUGCUGCUACGGCUCUCUCUGGACCGAGGACAACGAUACCUACUGUUGUGUGCGCGAUGUCGCCGCCGAUUUCUCCAACAACCUUCGUGUACGCGACGAGUCGACCGACUGCUAUCCUUUCUGUUCAGAUACUAGUGACAGAUUCCCCCACGUUACAGCUCUCAACCUGCCCACUGGCCUACCUUCGUGUGCCACUAAAGUCCCCUUUACCGCGAGCGAUUACUCCAGCUUGGUCUCCGCUGCAUCAUCCUCACUGGCAAAACAGGGACCUACGACCAACUCGGCUGGUCAGACGACCACUAGCUUUGCCACCUCUACUGCAAGCUGCGGUACGACGUCUACCUCUUCGGAAACCGGCUCGUCGACAGAGUCUUCCACCAAUGCUGCUAUGCCCGCGAUGACCGGUGGAAGUGUUGCGCUUGGAGGAGCCGCUGUGAUUGGCGCCAUGCUGGCUUUAUAA